AUGACGGCCCACGUCCUACGACCUCCUACCCUUCCCGACGACGUCCUCUUUUCCAGGCUCCUGAAAAUAGCCAGGCAAAGAGAUGCGAAUAUCAUCGUCAAUGACUGCAGCCGUGGCACACAGUUUAGCUACCGUCAAAUCCUCGAUGGCACCGUGAAACUAAAUCAGAGGCUACAAGCACUCCUCUACAGGCCUACCCAAGACAGGCCCGGCAGUUUCUAUGUUGCUCUCCUGGCUCCAAAUGGAUAUGAAUUUAUUAUUGGGGUUCUUGCUAUCCUGGCAAUUGGCGGAGUAGUCGUGCCGAUGCCAACAGGCGCGCUUCCUGCAGAAGCAUCAUACAUUCUUCAGCAAUGCGAUGCACGAUAUCUCCUUGCCACCUCGGAGCUGGCUAGUGUCGCUGCGCAGAUCAAAGAACAAGUCAAGAUCCCUUCUCUUAUCAUCGAAAGCAAUGAAGACGCCGCCGACAACGACCUCCUCCCAGUCACAAGCUAUACCCUCGACCCAGCCCUCGCAGUAUCGGAAGAAACCCCGAGUAUACUAUUCUUCACAUCAGGAACGACCGGCCCCCCAAAGGGCGUGCUGCACGCCCGCCGAACAAUAAACAAGUACGCCCGACAAGACGAAGCACCGCAGCCAAACGACGAGCUGUGCAUCAUCCCGCGCGGCGCAUUCUGGUCGAUUUACUUCACAAAGCUAUUCCAGAUGCUGCUGACGGGCAUCCGCGUCGAGAUCCACAACUUUGGCCGAAACUAUGACCUGAUCUGGGAGAAGUUGCGCGAGCAAACGGCUACCAAGAUCGUGUUGUCUCCGACCUUUUGGUAUGGCAUGAUGGUGUAUUUUCAGAGGCAUGUGUCUGUCGAGUUGCCGCGCGAUGUUGUGGGUGAGUAUGUGGUGGGGGCGCAGUACCUGCGUGAUGCGUGUGCAACGGGUGCUAUGCCCUCGGGUCGGGUUAAGGAGUUCUGGCGAGAGAUACGUGGAGGUCGGCCGUUGAAGGUGCUGUAUGGGUCUACGGAGACGCAGGAGAUAGCUAUGUGCGAUAUGGAGUCGGGGGAUGUAGAGGAUGAUUUGGGAACACCACUUCCGAAUGUGAGAAUGAAGCUAUCUGAAGGCGAGGAAGGGGAAGUCCUUGUCAAGACGCCGUCUUUAUUCCUCGGUUACUUGAACUCCCCGGACGCUACGGCAAAACGUUUGGACCCGGAAGGCUUUUUCAAGACCGGGGAUCUGGCCAUCCUACAAGACGGACGGUACAUAUUCAAAGGAAGGGCAAACAUGGAUCUGUUCAAGUUCUACACCUACAAGGUUCCCCGAGGACAAGUCGAAGCUGCGCUCACGGCACUUCCAUACGUCGCAGAGGGGUAUAUCAUGCCCGUUGCAGAUCCACAGUGUGACACACGUACAGCCGCGCUUGUGCGGUUUCACAAGAAAGACAGCGGUAAGGGAGUGGAUUUACAGGCUAUCCGGAACGAUAUGGCUACGAAAAUGAGCCUCCCUGCGUACCAGUUGCCAACUGUGUUGAGGAUUUUGAGAGAACAUGAAUCUGUUCCCCGGACAUGGUCGGAUAAGACCGCCAUGAUGAAGGCGGUUCAUAUGUUUUUCCCGCUGGAUAGCGAGGACAGGAUUUGUGGGGAGGAGACGGAGGUUUUGGAUGUAAGUGGUUUCAUGAAGAUGCAGACGACGAAGUUGUGGGAGUUAUCGGGGAUGCGGUAG